ACAUCAUCACCACAGUAAUCAAAAACAAAAAGAAAAAAAAAAUUAUUGUUUUGUUCUUCGUAUUUUUUCUGGUAAUAAAGUAAAUAAAAAAGAAAGGGUAUUGGUUGUUUGUCAGUCAGAGAGCUAGCCAUUGAUUGAUAGAGCCAUGGUGGCCCUUUCUGGAAACAAAAACAUGGCGGUGGCGUUGUGCCUCUGGCUGGCGGCUGUGUCCUUCAUUUCUCACAGGACCUCGGCUGAGCUGCGGAGGUUCGAGCAGCCGACGAGAGGCGAUGGCACACUCAGGUUCCUGGUGGUCGGAGAUUGGGGAAGAAAGGGAGAGUUUAACCAAUCUCAAGUUGCUUUUCAGAUGGGAAAAAUUGGAGAAGAAUUAGAUAUAGAUUUUGUAGUUUCAACAGGUGAUAAUUUCUACGAUAAUGGAUUGGAAGGAGAGACAGAUCCAGCCUUUGUUGAUUCAUUCACCAAUAUUUAUACAGCCAAGAGCCUCCAAAAACAGUGGUUUAGUGUUUUAGGCAACCAUGAUUACAGGGGUGAUGCAGUGGCACAAAUGAGCCCUGCCCUUAGGAAAAUUGAUGACAGAUGGCUUUGCUUGAGGUCUUUUGUAGUUAAUGCGGAAAUUGCUGAGUUAUUCUUUGUGGAUACAACCCCAUUUGUGAACUACUAUUAUGCAAACCCGGAGAAUCAUGUCUAUGAUUGGCGGGAUGUAAACCCUUCAAAGAUCUACACUGCUAUUGUAUUAAGGGAUCUUGAAUCAGCACUAAAGGAAUCAAGGGCAAAAUGGAAAAUUGUGGUGGGUCAUCAUGCCAUCAGAAGUGUAGGCCACCAUGGUGAUACCCUAGAGCUUGUACGUCAUCUUCUCCCCAUUCUUCAGGCCAAUGAUGUUGAUUUCUACAUGAACGGGCACGAUCAUUGUCUUGAGCAAAUCAGUGAUGAUAAAAGCCCUAUUCAAUUUUUGACAAGUGGAGCGGGCUCGAAGGCAUGGCGGGGAGAUGUCAAGAAUUUGAACAGAGAGCGCCUAAAAUUCUUCUACGAUGGGCAGGGGUUCAUGUCUGUUCAAAUGACACGGAGUGAUAUCGAUAUAAUUUUUUAUGAUGUUUUCGGUAAGGUUUUGCACAAAUGGACCAGGUCCAAGCAACUAUACUCCGACAUGUAAUAUUACUGAAAAAUUAUUUUACAACGUGAGAUGUAUACAGAUAAACGAGAAAAAGUCGGGCUCUCCUACCCCUACUCUCCGAGGGAAAAAGAAAAAAGGAUUAAUUUUUCUUUAUAUGUAGGUCAUAUUUAAAUUUGUAAAAUGAUAUUUAUAGCAAGUCUUAUAUUUGAUAAUAUGGGACGAUUCUCCUUGUUUUAUAGCUUAGUGUACAAAUAAAUAAGAUGUUAGGAGUUGUUUAGGGUAGAUGAAGUAGUUGUUCCCCCUCUAGAGUUUUUUUUUUUUUUU